AUGCCCCUGGGAGCCAAACCCAGUGAGCCCAAGAAGGAGGAGGAGGAGGAGGAGAUCGACAUCGACCUGAACGCGCCCGAGACGGAGCGAGCGGCUCUCGCCAUCCAGGGCAAAUUCCGCAAAUUCCAGAAGAGGAAAAAGGAAUCAGGACCCUGA